CACUCUGUGGCAAAUUCUCCCAAAAUGCUACCUGGAUGAAACAGUUUUACAAGUUCAUAAACAAGGAGCAACAGUAGAGAUGUCUCAGCUGUCUGCUGAAGACGAAGCAGAGCUGCAGUCCCUGCUGAAGCAGCUUCUGAGAAGCAUCAACGACAGGAUCUCUGGAGCUCCGUCCACCGAAUGUGCUGAAGAGAUCCUCCUCCACCUGGAAGAGACUGACAAGAACUUCCACAAUUAUGAGUUAGUCAAGUAUCUCCGUCAGUAUGUGGAGAGCUCUCUGGGGACUGUGGUGGAACAAGAGACCAAUUACCUGACCAGAGGAGAUGGACAACAUGCAAUAGGCUCAGGUCACGACACCCUGAUUCAUGCUAUCACCCGGAAGAGCAGAGACUCAGCAGAGUACCAGCAGAUGAUGCAGACUCUAAAAAACACCAUGAUCAUGGUGGUGGAGUCUUUAAUCAACAAAUUUGAGGAGGACCAGAUGAGGAAGGAGGAGAUGCACAGAGAGCAGCAGCACAGCCAGGCCAACAGCCAGUACACCGACAACUGCUCCGACAGCGACUCCUCCUUCAACCAGAGUUAUGCUUUCAUCAGACAAGAGCAGCUUCAAGUUUUGGCUGAACAACUUGACUCCAGCCGACCAAAAGAGCAUGGAUACUACAGCAGGACUGUAGUUCUCCGACUCCUGGAGAGAAAAUACAAGUCUCUGUCAGCGGAGCGGCAGGAACCCGGCUCAGUCCAGAGGAGUGUUUACACGGGAAAAGAGAUUGAGUAUGCUUUCUUCGUCCACUCGCUGUGUGUCCUGGGGAAACUGCUCAUCUACACCAACGGCAGGAAGCUCUUUCCCAUCACAGUGAAGAAGCGCAAAGGUACCAGAUCUCUCUCCGCCGUCUGUGUGCGAGGGGCCGGGCGUUUACACCACACUCGGCUGCUACAUGCAGCAACCACCACGCGUGAUGCGGAGAGAAGCGGCUCCAAGUACGGAUUCAACAUGGUGAUGUCUCACCCUCACGCCGUCAACGAAAUCGCCCUCAGCCUCAACAACAGAAACCCCAGGACAAAGGCUCUGGUGUUGGAGUUGCUGGCGGCAGUUUGUUUAGUCAGAGGAGGACAUGAGAUCAUCCUGUCGGCCUUCGACAACUUCAAAACUGUGUGUUCAGAGUCGAUGCGUUUUGAAAAGUUGAUGGAACAUUUUAAGAAUGAAGACGACAACAUCGACUUUCUGGUGGCCUGCAUGCAGUUCAUCAACAUCGUGGUUCACUCGGUGGAGGAUAUGAACUUCAGAGUCCACCUGCAGUACGACUUCACCAAACUCAACCUGGACGAGCACCUGGAGAGGCUGAAGCACACGGAGAGCGACCGGCUGCAGGUUCAGAUUCAGGCGUACCUGGACAACGUGUUUGACGUUGGGACGCUGCUGGAAGACGCAGAGACCAAGACUGCUGCUCUGGAGAGGGUGGAGGAACUGGAGGAGAACCUGGGCACGAUGUCUGCCCGGGUGCUGGACGUGGAGAACGAGGCGAUGCUGAAGAUCGUGGAGCUGGAGAAGCAGCUGAUGCAGACCAACAAGGAGCUGGACCAGAUCCGGGACGUGUACGCCAGCAGUAACUCUCAGGUGCACACGCUGCGGCGGAUCGUGCGGGAGAAGGACCAGACGAUCCGGAGACAGAGUCGUUUGGAGCGCCAGGCUCAGGAGGCUCAGCAGGCCGGAGGACCAGGAGCUCCACAGCCCCCGAGAGGAGAGGGAGACGGGGGGGUGGGGGACUCUGCCUCCCCCUCACCUCCACCCUGUCCUAACCUGUCCCCAAGUCCAGAGACCGUAGCGUAUCACAGCAUGGCUCCAGGGAUGGGCGGAGCUACGGGGAUGCUUGCCCCACCUCCUCCACCAAUGCCAGGCACAGUUUCCAAUGGGGUCUCGGUUUCUACUAAGAUGUUGAGUAAGUAA